AUGGAUGAGAAAGCAUUAACAAAAUUAAUCGGAAAUAUCUUGGAUAAGAAGCUGAAUCCAGUGAUGAAAACCCUGGAUGAUCUCAGACAUAAAAUCAACAAAAUAGACAAGAUAGAAGAGUCUAUUGACUUUCUCAGUUCAAAAUAUGAUGAACUUAUUACAAAAUAUGAUUCUGCGAAUGAUCUAAUGAAAGAUGUCCAAGAAGAAAACCAAUGCUUAAGGAAACAACUCCAUGAGGCAGUCAAUAAUAUAGAAAUGCUGAAAGCUGAAGUCAAUGAUCUCGAGCAAUACUCUAGGAGAGAUUGCCUAGAAAUACGAGGAAUCCCGAUGGUUAUGGGAGAGAAUACCAACGAAAUAGUGAAGAGAAUUGGUCAAGAAGUUGGUGUUCAUGUCAGUGAUCAAGAUAUCUCAAUUAGCCAUAGAUUGAGAGCCUCAGAUGGUCGUGACCCCGCUAUCAUAGUCAAGUUUAAUCGUCGAGAUGUAAGAGAUAAACUUUAUCGAGAGAGGAAAGUUUUACGAGAUAAAUCAAUAAAAGAUAUUGGUAUCACCCGGUUUACUGACAGGAAAAUCUACAUUGUGGAAAGCCUAACGAACCAGAACAGAAAGCUAUUCAACAAAUGUCUCGAAGUUAGAAGAGAAAAAAAUUUCAAGUAUAUAUGGACAUCUUCUGGUAAGAUCCUUCUUAGAAAAAAUGAGUCUAGCCCAACAAUCCCUGUAGUCAAUUGGAGAGACCUGACAAAAAUCAUGAACUCUUAG